UAUAAACGUGGGGACGAGUCAGGGGCAGGUUGGCUGUUUGCAAGGUGGCACCUGGCUCAGAGAGAGGAAACUGGACCUCACACCCAGGCAGGGAUGGUGAUCCAGGGAGGAUGAGCGAGCAUCACCCAGGAGAGGCACCCUCACACCCCUCCCAGGCACCGUUUUCCCUCAUCCUGCAAAUAAACCAGCAAUUUAAUCCAAGAGGUGCUGCUGCAGCAGGGCCUGGUGACCGUCUGACCCUCAUUGUACCCCCUACCUAUCAGCAUCCCACCCUGCUGGAGUUAUAAAUAUGACACAAUAGAGCCUUAAGUGGAUUAUAAUUAGACAAUGAGCCCAGGGGGACAGAAACAAUGAACUAUAUAAGCCUGUCUAUCCUCCCAGCCAGGACCUGCACACACGGGAAACACUGGAAUGGGCGACUCACCAGGACCUGCAAUAGGAAAGCUGCGGAUUUCCUCCCAGUUGGAUUCAGAGCAUCCUUUAACAGCUCAUGUUCCUGUCACCAGGUUUUACACAGCCCUGGUCACGGGAGACUUGAGGAGCCUCGAGGUCCUGACUGACCGAUACCAUCAAGAUGUCAACCUGGUUUUUGAGAUCAGUAAAAAUGAGCUGGAGUGGCAGGUGAAAAGCCAAGCGUCUUAUGGACUCUCAGGGCUGUGGGCGCUGGAGUGGCGCUGGGAGCGGAGCACCCCGCUGUGCCUGGCCGCCCACCACGGCCACCCUGCCGCCCUGCGACACCUGCUCUGCCGCCGCGCCCACCCAGACCUGGCCCCGGGCGCGCAGGGACCCCUGCACGAGGCCUGCCGGGGGGCGCACACCGACUGCGUGGAGCUGCUGCUGGAGUACCAGGCGGACCCCAACCUGCGGAGCGAGGAGGGGCUGACCCCGCUGCACCUCUGCACCACCCGGGACUCGCUGGGGUGUGCCAGGCUGCUGCUGAGACACGGGGCCGCCGUGGACCUGCCAAGCACGGCGUGUGGGGAGACGGCUCUGCACGUGGCCGCCCGGCACGGCCUCAGCGACCACACGCGGCUCUACCUGCGGCGCGGGGCCCGCGUGGAUGCGCGCAGCGCACGGGGGGAGACGGCCCUGGGCAUCCUCUGCGCCACGGCUCCCGGGGCCGGCCAGGAUCGCCUGGAGCUGUGCCAGCUGCUGGUGGCCCACGGCGCCCAGGUGGACGUGCGGGACGAGGCGCGGAGGAGCCCCCUGCACGAGGCGUGUGGGGCGGCCCACGCCAGCCUGGCGCGGUUCCUGCUGCUGCGCGGGGCCGACGUCAACGCCAUCGACUAUGAUGGCCUGAGCCCGCUGGGCCUCGCCCUGCAGAGCGCGGCCUCCAGGGCCCAGCGGCGGCCACACCUCACCAUCCAGCUGCUGCUCAACCAUGGCUCCCAGAGGAUAUGGCCCCCUGCCUUCGUCAAGGUGCUGAGGUCCUGUGCGGCCGUGCCAGAGGUCAUCGAAGUCCUCUUCAAUUCCUACUCACAAAUCCCUGUCUCCCAGGAGUGGGCCGAGGCCGUGCCAGAGGAGGUGUUCCAGCAGCACCAGCCAUUCUACAAAUCCCUGUUCCAGCUGGCGGGUGCCGUGCGGUGCCUGCAGCACUUGUGCCGCUCCGUCAUCCGGGAGAACCUCGGCAGCAGGUGCCACAGCCUCAUCCCUCUGCUGCCUGUGCCCAAGGCUCUGCGGGAAUACCUGCUGCUGGAGCCCGAAGGAGUCGUGCUCUGAAGGAGCAGAUCCACAUCCAAGUGCAGCCCUGCCUUCCCCGCACGGAGCGGGGCAGCCUCCGUUCCUGUCAGCCGAGCCAGGGAGCACCGCUUCCCAUGAUAGAUGGCUGUUUUCCAGGGAUUUAUAAUGUAACUAAAAUGUGCUUUCGCCUGUAACUUUGUAUAGAUUUUUUUUCUCUAAUUGUGCUUUAAAUAGAUUAUAAAGAGUAAUAAAAUGAUUAGUAGCUGUUGGGA